AUGUUCGAGGAGAAGCUUCUCGUAGGCGCUGCCUGCGGAGCAUCAGCAAUCGCUGUCGCCACCGUGUUGCUCGUCAUCCCGUCUCUCUACAAUGAGAUCAACAUGGUUCACGACGAGGUGCUUGAUGGCGUCGGCGUGUUCCGCGUCGAGACGGAUACGGCAUGGCAAGAGCUGAUGGAUAUCCAGAUUGUCGUCACCCCACCCACGAAGCCCCGUGAGAAUCCCUUCAAUUCCAUCUUCCGUCAGAAGAGGCAGAACUACAAUGGACUCCCCGCCUGGUGCCAGUGCGAGCCAACCAAGCCUCAAUGCCCGCCUGGCCCACCUGGACCCCCUGGCCAGCCCGGUCAGCCUGGAGGCCCCGGACUCCCUGGACCCCCCGGAAACGACAACCAGGUCACCUACGCCCCGAUCACUUGCCCACCACUCGACACCUCGUGCAUCCAGUGCCCCGCUGGACCUCCUGGACCCCCUGGACAGGACGGAUACCAAGGACCCCCCGGCCAGCCCGGACAGCCUGGCCAGCCUGGACAACGCGGAAACGACGGCCAGCCCGGACCUCAGGGACCCCUCGGAGAUGCCGGACACCCCGGACAAUCCGGACAGCCUGGUCGCCCUGGACAGCCCGGACGCGAUGGUGUCAAGAAGAUCAGCAAGCCUGGACAGCCCGGACGCCCUGGACAGCCUGGACCCCAAGGACAACCCGGACAGCCCGGCCAAAACGGACAACCCGGCAACCAGGGCCCACAAGGACCCCAAGGACCCGCUGGUGCUCCUGGAAACGAUGGAUACCCAGGAGGCCCAGGUGGCCCCGGAGGUCCCGGGCUCCCCGGAACCGAUGCCGCCUAUUGCCCGUGCCCGCCUCGCUCGGCUGCCGCUUCAUCGUACAGCCAGCGCGGAGGAUACCGUCUGCGCAGAGUCCGACUCCAC